AUGAUUUUUGAGUGUCGCACAUAUCAGCUGCUUGAAAGGUGGAACCUCUCUGUGGAUCAGACGGACGGAAUAGGACGGACUGGAUUCCCUCUCUAAAACGGCAACACACCCAAGCCCAUUCGUAGAGUGAGCCCCCUCACCCCUGAGCCAUGAUGAUGGACGAGGAUAUGGACCUGCCUGUGGAUCAGGAGCGCAAGAUCCGCCGUGAGAUUGCCAACUCCAAUGAGCGUCGCCGCAUGCAGAGCAUCAACGCCGGAUUCCAAUCUUUACGCACGCUCUUACCGCAUCAUGAAGGCGAGAAGUUGAGCAAGGCGGCAAUCUUGCAACAAACGGCCGAGUACAUCUACACAUUGGAACAGGAAAAGACGCGAUUACUGGCCCAGAACUGUCAAUUGAAGCGGCUGCUCAGCCUCAAUCAACACCAUUCCGAGGCCGAAGGCUCCGCCCCCACCACCCAGCCCAAGAGACAGAAGAAGAUGACCGCUACUAAAACCAUCCCAGCCAGUGCCACCACCUCCGUUACAACCAGUACAACCAGUACAGUCGCCGUCAGCACCACGAGUACGAAGUUGUCAGAAGAGCCGGAUCAGACUUUGCUGACCCCCUCAGCUAAGAUCGUGGUGCCGCAUGCCGAGGCCCAAGAAGUCGUGGUCACGACCACCUUACCCACCCCUACCGCCACGGCUCCCCUGCCUCCCACCAAAGACAGUAUUGAAUUGAAUUCUGAGAAUUGCCGCAUUAUCUUGGCCAGUGAGCCGGCACAGGUGGUUGCGGUCAAAUCUGAACGAGCUCCGGUCGAAGCUCGAGUGCCUCCUGUGACCUCCACCGUAUCGGCCGGAGCCCCUGUGCCCACCACCAUCAUGGCCACCGUGUCUCAUCCUUCGGAUCAGGGGGCCGAAAGUCAACCUGGAGACGUGGUCGUCGAGGUCGGCACGAUUGAAACACCUGGAGUGGGUGCUGUCACCACCAUUAGUAGCCAACCUGAAUUGAGCCCGAGUGGGAGGUCUUAUAUUGUAACCAGUGCAUCCAAGCAAAACUUGGACUCGAUAGUGGAAGCCAUCAAGCACUUGGAGGGCGAUGAACUCUUCGAAGAAGGCCAACCCAUCCCGCAAAGGAAUGCCGUUGAAUUUCACACCCUGUCGGAUCUGAAUGGUCAAUCGACAUCCAACCAGAGCAUCAUAAUUCUGAAAAAUUGUAACAAUUAACUUCAUAUAUUUUGUAAUCCAUAUGUACCGUCUUGUCUCUUGUUUUCCCUCCUUCGCCUUCUUCUACAAUAACUAUAUACAACAACAUACAUACUUGAAUAAAGUCGAAUGUAUAGAUGUACACGAGA